AUUGGUGGAAAUAUAAACCCCCACCAUUUCCCCAUCAGCCGGUGCCACUAUUGCCGCAUAUUGCCGUACACACACACACACACACACACACACACACACACACGCACACGCACGCACACACACACACGCCGACUGUCACAGCUCAGCAGUUCUCUGUGUACCUGCGCUCGCAAACAGAGGCGGUGCGCUUUAUCCAAAUGGACCCGGUGGAUUUUACUUGAGGAACGGCAGAAACAGGGCAGUUUAAACAAUUAGCAAUGUCUCUAUAUUGCAUUGCAUGGAUUUGCGGAUCGUUCUUUUCCCCGUUUUUGAAGAGGUAACAGUAAAGGUGCAUGCAUGCCAACAUGGAUUGCCUUUUCCUUUUGCUCUGGAGUUUACAAGUCCCUCUGGUAAACAGCACAUCAGUGAGGUUUCUGGCGAGUGUGUCGUUUGGGAACUUUAUUAAGGCUCUGCAGUUCUGUUGCUUCCACUCUGUGACAUCGGUCUCAUUUACCGGCGACACCGGCGGCCUCUAUCAAGAUUACGAAUUUACCACACCAGUGCAAGUGGACUCAUUUGGAGGCUACAUUUCCCAUGAUGUGUCAAGACAUGAACGGAGCAGGAGGUCCUUGUCAGAAACUGGCAGUUCAGUGCACUAUCAUGUUUCUGCAUUUGGCAAGGAAUUGCAUUUAGACCUGCAGCCAUCCCAUGUGUUGGCAAAGGGGUUUACCAUACAGACACUGGGUGCAGAGGGCAUCAACACAGCGACCCUUAAUCCUUCUAUUCAUAACUGCCUCUAUCAGGGUUCCAUACGAAACCAUUCUGAAUCCUCUGUGGCUAUAUCCACCUGCACAGGUCUGUCAGGUCUGAUCCGGUUCUCCGGUGAGGAACUUCUCAUCACUCCGCUACCGCAGCAUUUGGCUUUACGACACAACUACAGCGCCCCCUCUGGACAUCACCCACAUGUCAUCUACAAGCGAUCAGCUGAGCGCAGAGUGCAUGCUGAUAAGACUGAUUGGACCAGCGGCUUUAAAUCAAACAACCCCUACGAGGACCACCACCAUCAUCACCGUCACCAUGACUACCAGCACGGAAAGCUCCAGAGACAACACUUCUGCGGACGCCGCAAGCAAUAUACUCCCAAGCCUCCUACAGAGGAUCAUUUUUUCAUGCCUGAUGAGUUCGAGCAGCAAAGCCGGGUGAAACGCUCAGAGAUUACAUCGAGCAAAGAGGGUGGUCUGAACGUGGAAACUCUGGUGGUGGCAGACAGGAAAAUGCUGGAGAAACAUGGGAGAGAGAACGUCACUACUUAUGUCCUUACUGUCAUGAACAUGGUCUCCAGUCUUUUCAAAGAUGGAACGAUUGGAAAUGAUAUCAACAUUGUUGUCGUCAGCCUCCUGCUACUUGAGAAAGAUCCGCUGGGCCUGUCUAUCAACCACCAUGCAGACCAAUCCCUCAACAGCUUCUGCCAGUGGCAAUCAGGCCUGUUAGGUAAAAAUGGCAAGCGGCACGACCACGCUAUACUGUUGACGGGGCUGGACAUCUGCUCCUGGAAGAAUGAACCUUGUGAUACCUUGGGUUUUGCUCCAAUAAGUGGGAUGUGUAGCAAAUAUCGUAGCUGCACGAUUAAUGAAGACACAGGGCUGGGUCUCGCUUUCACCAUCGCCCACGAGUCAGGACAUAAUUUUGGAAUGAUCCAUGACGGAGAGGGGAAUCCCUGCCGGAAGACUGAAGGAAACAUAAUGUCUCCCACAUUGGCUGGGAAUAAUGGUGUUUUCUCAUGGUCUGCCUGUAGUCGGCAAUACCUGAACCGAUUUUUAGGAACAGCCCAGGCUUCGUGUCUAGUGGAUGAGCCCAAGCAAAUAAGCCAGUACAAGUACCCUGAGCAGCUUCCAGGUCAGCUGUACGAUGCCGAUAUACAGUGCAAAUGGCAGUUUGGCUCAAAGGCCAAACUGUGCAGCCUGGACUUUGUAAAGGACAUCUGUAAAUCGUUGUGGUGCCAUAGAACAGGGCAUCGUUGUGAGACCAAGUUCAUGCCUGCUGCUGAGGGCACCAUCUGUGGACUAGACAUGUGGUGCCGGAGAGGACAGUGUGUCAAAUUUGGUGAUAAUGGUCCUAGAGCUGUACAUGGCCAGUGGUCAGGCUGGUCCGAGUGGUCCGACUGUUCGCGUACAUGUGGUGGAGGAGUCAUGUACCGAGAGAGAUCAUGCAACAGCCCCAGCCCACAGCACAACGGCAAGUUCUGCCAAGGCCCCAGUCGACUGCACCAGCUGUGUAACACCAAGCCAUGCCAGCCCAAUGGAGUGGACUUCAGAGCUCAGCAGUGCGCCGAGUACAACAGCAAACCCUUCAGGGGAUGGUACUACAAAUGGAAGCCAUACACCAAAGUGGAAGAAGAGGACAUCUGCAAGCUGUACUGCAUUGCUGAGGACUUUGAUUUUUUCUUCGCUAUGUCCAGCAAAGUCAAAGAUGGGACGUCUUGCUCUGACUACAAAGGAGGCGUGUGCAUUGAUGGGAUAUGUGAGCCGGUGGGCUGUGACCAGGUGUUGGGAUCAAAGGCCGCUCUAGAUGCCUGUGGGGUGUGUAAAGGAGACAACUCCACCUGCAAGUUCUACAGUGGCCAGUACACCCUUCAGCACAGAGCCAAUGAGUAUUAUCCCGUUGUGAUGGUUCCUGCUGGAGCGAGGAGCAUCAGGGUGCAGGAGAUGGAGAUCUCUACCAGCUACCUGGCUGUCCGCAGCCUGAAGCGUGGCACUUACUACCUGACGGGGGAUUGGACAGUAGACUGGCCGGGCAAAUUUCAGUUUGCUGGCACUACAUUCAACUAUCAGCGCUCUUUCAACCGGCCUGAGACCUUGUACGCCACAGGCCCCACUAAUGAGACCCUGCUCUUUGAAAUUCUUCUUCAGGGUAAAAAUCCCGGUGUAUCAUGGGAGUAUACUCUACCCCAUCCAGAGAAGAAGCACAACUACACCUGGUCUGUGGUGCGCUCUGACUGCUCAGCACCUUGUGCUGGGGGUCGGGUCUCGACGAAAGCAAUUUGUCUGCAGGAUCAGCACAUGCAGGUCAACUCUUCGCUCUGCAACCCUCAGACCAGACCUGUAGUGGGCUCUCACCUGUGUAACACACAGCCCUGCCCUGCCUAUUGGACGACAGGCAAAUGGGGAGUGUGCAGUAGAACAUGUGGAGGCGGGCAGCAGACGCGAAACAUUCGUUGCAUGAGGAAGGUGACAUACCAGCGUGAAGAGGUGGCGGCUCACUCCUUAUGUCCAGUAAUGGCUCCGGCCCAACUACAGCCCUGCAACACACACACAUGUCCUCCAGAGUGGAGCACUGGCUCCUGGUCACAGUGCUCUAAGACCUGUGGGCGAGGGUUGAAGAAGCGCAGUGUUUUCUGCAGGAGCACUGAUCCAGGUGCCAGGGCUGUGGUGGUGCCUGACAGCAUGUGUAAAUUACACCUGAAGCCCAAAGCCCAAGAGACAUGUGUGCUGAGCCGCUGCCCCAAGAAUGAGCGUCUUCAGUGGAUAACUACCACCUGGGGAGAGUGUUCGGCCUCCUGUGGAGCAGGAGUAAGGAGAAGAGAGCUGCAUUGUGGGGAGAAAGACUCCCAAGGAGGCUACACAGAGUUCCCUACAAGGAGGUGCAGGAACUUACGGAAGCCCCAAGCAGACCUCGAGCAAGCUUGUAAUAACGGCCCCUGCCCAGAGCCCCCACCACCCCUGCUCCUCCAGCCUGGUCCAGACAGGGGUGGCACUUCUUUGACUUUGGGCUGGUAUUCCUCUCCUUGGCUGCAGUGCACUGUGUCCUGUGGCGGUGGGGUGCAGACACGGAGCGUUCAGUGUCUGAGACAGGGGCGUCCGUCAGUGGGCUGUUUACCUCAUCAGAGACCCAUAAGCUCACGAGCCUGCAAUACUCACUUCUGUCCUGCUCCAAUCCCAGUCCCACCUCCAUCACCCACACUUAAAGAAGACCAGCCUUGCAUCGACUUUUUCAGCUGGUGUCAUCUGGUGCCUCAGCAUGGUGUUUGUAAUCACAAAUUCUACGGUCAACAAUGCUGCAAGUCCUGCUCUGCCAAAAGACAGUAAAGCAGAAGAUCUUCAUUUUCCACAAGCCUCCUCGCUGACUCUUUGAGAUCUGUAAAUCAUUGUGAUAAAGAUGACCACUACGGACAAGUUGAUAUUUGCGAGAUGUGGCACAGAAAGAGGCAUUCCAGUGGAGGCAUUCCUUGGACUGAUGAGAGAUAACGAGAGCCUGGUAUCCGAGGAACUCGAGAAACUCUGUACAUUGGACAAUUGCACCAGAUUCUGGCUUCAUCGAUGGCGUAUCAUAACUAGAAUUGCGGUUCUUACAAUUUUGUAAAUACACUGUAAAAAAUUGUGCUGUAAAAUAACGGUAAUCUACUGGCAGAUGUAGUUGCCGGUAAUGUGCUGUUAAUUUGCAGCCCUCUGUAAACCAUAAAUUUACAGUUCUCCUUUUGUACAGUAUGUUACCGUAAUACUGCCAUGGAAAUGAACUCAUUUAAUUUGGGAAACUGAUUGCUUCAAACAGUUCGAGUGUAAAAACUAGUAUUUAUACAGCGUCAGUACUGUGAACAUAUUUCAUUUGAGUCAACUAAAAAUUAAUAUUUCUUAACUGCAAACACUUACCCCUGGUUUCACAGUCAAGGCUUAAGCUAGUCCUAGACUAAAAUGCAUGUUUGAGUUGCUUUAACUGAAAGUAACUUGCACUGACAUAUCUUAAAAAAUGUCAAGACCCAUUGUUUUCUCUCAAGAUGCACACCAGUAAUGUUUUUUUCUAGGGUAUGUUUAUAAAAGCUACUUAAAUACCUUAAUUGAAAUAAAGCCUAAUCCUGGCUUAGCCUAAACCCUGUCUGUGAAACCAGGCCAAUAUGUAUAAUAGUGAAACAAUUAAAAACAUGACUUUAACUCAAAUCUUUGCAGCUUGCCUAAGCUAGCAAUAGCACACAUAUGUGUUAAAGUACUUAGCAAACAGCUUAUCACUGCAUCAGAUGCGACAAUGUUACUGCCUUUCAGUAAAGCAACAUGCAGCAUAACAUCAGUGUUUUUCAGCUCAUCACUGACUGAAGCACAGGCUCUACUCUCCAGCUUAAUGGUAACCCCCCAAAUGAUUUAAUUAAAUUAAAAGAUCUCUCCUAUAUCAUCUUGAACAAAAACACAAAACACUUCAGUUGACUAUUUACUCUCCUUAUCAGUUAUUGCCUUUGCAUAACUUUUUUCUAUUGACUUUCACUAAUAUUUCCGUGAAAUUAACUUGUUUCAUAUAGUAAAUCUGACUGUUAUGUUUGACAGAAUAUUACUCUUUUUUCCUUUAUUUUACGGUAAUCUACUAUCAGCAGGGUUGACAGUAAAUUGCAGUUUUUUUACAGUAUGGUGCCGUAAAUUAAUUUACAGUUGAUUACUGUUAAAUUACAUUUCACUCUGUUUUUUAAUCUUACACCUUUAACCCUUUUAACCCCACAGCAAAAUCUUAAGUUUUAAAUGAACACUUUUAUGUCUCCACACUACUAGUGUUAGAGUAACACUGAAGCAGUGUUGAAGUUAAUGAGAUAAUUAAAUUAUUAAUUAAGUGAUAAGUGAGAAUUAGUGAAAUCUAUUUUUAUAUUUUUAUAUUUUUAUAUACCUGCCGUUAACAAGCAGAAUCACUGAAGGAAAAGAAAAAAGACAAGCAGAAACACAAUAACUACAACAGACUU